AUGUUAUCGAACAUUUUACUAACAAUAAUCUUAGACAAUAUAUCCCUUCAUUUGGCAAAACUUGAUUAUAGUUUUGGGCUUGUAAUUUCGAUUAUUUGUUCUUUAAAGUGUUUGAGUGAGAAAGAUUUAAACGAUAGCAUAUUGAAAGUUAAUGAUGACUUCACCACAUUUAUCACGACGGUCUACUGCGUAUUGGAACUUGUAAUUCCUUUACUUUGA